UGAGGAUGUCGAUGAAUCAGUCCCUUCGACCAUUGAAGACAAUAAAGAAAUUUCAUUACUUGAAUCAUUUAAUUACUACUUGAAGAAAGACCAAAUUAAUGAUGAAAGUUUGGAUAUAGAUGACUUAAAGAUUACAAAAUAUUUAAACAAGAUUAUCGAGCUACGAAACACACUAUAUAGUGAGAUUAAUGAUUUACAACGAAAAAAUUUAGUUGAUCUGUUCAAUUAUACACAGCAUUUUAUCAAGGAAUUCAACGAACUCUUGAAAAAAAACGACCUUGAUCACACUCUCCUGAAAAAAAUGAGAACGACUGCAAUUAAUCUUGGAUUAUCUUAUGUUCAUCUAAGAAAUGUAAUUAUUGGUGAUGAGACCUUUGGAAAAGUGAUUAAUGAGAAAAAUAAAAACUGGAUAAUAAUCUUCAUAUUCUUUUUAAAAAAUAAGUUUUGA